GCUUCGGGUUCUGUGAGCUCCGAGGGAGGACGAAAUGGACCGCAAGCCUGGAAUCCGAAAGCCGAGAUGGACACAUGCCACGCUGGACCUCAUCCCAUGUUGAGAAAUCCCGCAUGCAGGCAUGGAAGCGCGCCGGAGUCCUUCAGCUCCUCAAUAUCGUCCAUCACUAUCACUUCCAGGAAGGUCACGCACACAAACUCCAGGCCUCUGAGUCCAGCGACGAAUAGCCUCGCCGAUGGACGAAGAAAAGCUUUAGUGGUCAAAGUCACUGAACAGAGGAUGAAAAGCACGACCUCUGGCUCUGAUCGUGAAGAGAUGGAUCACAGCGUGGUACUGAGAAGAAAGGCAACCAUUGUGAAAAUGACCGAACAGAGAGAGCGUUUCAGUCCAGCGAAAUACAGACACAGCUACACUGAAGGACUCCAUAAUGAAUCUAAAGUCAAUCCCUCACCAUUAAACCAACCGUUAACUAUAUCUCUAGAGCCAGGAGGAAACCAGUGGAGGUCCCAGCACAGAUCUAGCCUGUCUCUCUACAUCAACAACCCAAACGAUAGCAGCGCAGCAGGGGAGAGCGACACCAAAACAUACAAGCCACCUCGAAGGCCUCUCAGCUGCGAUGCAAGCCUGUUUAACCGCACAGAACUUGGCAGUAAUGCAGUUACACAUCCAGCGUUUCACAACAAGAGCUCUCCUGUUCCCCAGAAGACAAAUAUUGACUUUGUUAGUUCCAGUAGCAGCGAAGCAGGAAGGCGCUGGGCCUCCGGUGGCGAGGACGGGAGCGCGAGGAAAGAGUGGGAUCGUGAGGAACCUGUUUCAAGAAUCAAACCUCUCACGCUAUUAAAAGCAGCAGGUACCAGCAGAACCCGUGUGGAUGUUCGGCGUUGGAGUUUUUCUCCUAAGGAUAGAGGGCAGAAUGAACACAGAGAGCUCAAAGAAGAGGCUGCUGGUGCUGAUGGAAAGAACAAAACAUGUCCAGCAGAUCAAUGUGUGGAUUUUGUCCCAUUCGAGUCCCAAAAUGACCUUUCUGAAACUGCUUUGGCUCCACUGUCACUUAGC